AUGUCCGUCCCGCGCUUGUUGGUUGUUGGCGGAAACGGAUACCUCGGCUCGGCCGUGUGCAAGGCCGCCGUCAGCCGUGGUUGGGAGGUCGCGUCCAUGAGCUCGUCGGGCAAGGCAUACACCACACCAGCAGGCCACACGCCCAAGUGGGUGCACCGCGUGAAAUGGCACCGCGCGUCGGCGUUUGAGCCCGCGUCGUACGCCGACCUCGUCGCGUCGUCGUCGGCCGUCGUGCACACCCUCGGCAUCCUCCUCGAGGACGGCGGGUACAAGCAGGCCGUGCGCGACGGCGACGUGUUUGGGAUCGCCAAGGCGCUCGCCAUGGGCCUGACGGGGUCGGGCGCCGCGUCCAACCCGCUCAAGACAAAGGACGAGCAGCGCGCAACGUACGAGUCGAUGAACCGCGAUUCGGCAGUGACGGUCCUGAAAACGAUGCUCGCCACGCCGCCCACGCCCGCAGCGGCCGAGGCCGAGGCCGAGGCCGGCCCGUCGUCCACGUCCAGGUCGUUCACGUACGUCUCGGCGGCGGGAUCCAUCCUGCCGGGCGUGCCGCAGCGCUACGUCCAGUCCAAGCGCGAGGCCGAGGCGGCCAUCCUCGACAGGUGUACCCCGACGUCUGGCGUCCACCCCAUCAUCGUUCGCCCAGGCCUCAUGUACCACGCGCACCUCCGCCCGCUGUCCACCCUGCCCGCCUUCGCCCUCUCGUGCACUGCACACCUGCACGACUCGUGCGGCGGCCAGCGGCCAGCCUUCAUCCCCAAGGGCGGCGUCGUCGACCGCGCAGCGGACAAUUUCGCCACGCACCCGCUGCACGUCGACCACGUCGCGGACGCGAUUGUGAAAUGUAUUGCAGAGGACAAGGCCGGCGUGUUUGACGUGCAGACCAUGCGGCGGUGGGCGGGUUUUGACGUGCCGUCCCAGACGGGCGAGGCGCAGCCGGUGCACGCUUGA